AUGGAGGUGCACAACUUGUCUGCCCACUUCAAUUUCUCCCUGCCUCCUGGUUUCGGCAAACGUCCUACUGACCUGGCACUGAGCAUCAUCCUGGUGAUUAUGUUGCUAAUGAUCAUGCUUUCACUGGGCUGCACCAUGGAGUUCAGCAAAAUCAAGGCUCACUUGCGGCAACCUAAGGGGGUGGGCAUCGCCCUGGUGGCCCAGUAUGGCAUCAUGCCCCUCACCGCUUUUGCGCUAGGCAAGGUCUUCAAGCUGAGAAACAUUGAGGCCCUGGCUAUCCUGAUCUGUGGCUGCUCACCAGGAGGAAACCUGUCCAAUGUCUUCACCCUGGCUGUGAAAGGAGACAUGAACCUCAGCAUCGUGAUGACCACUUGCUCUACCUUCUUUGCCUUGGGCAUGAUGCCUCUGCUUUUGUACCUCUACUCCAGAGGUAUCUAUGAUGGGGACCUACAGAGCAAAGUACCCUAUAGAGGCAUCAUGAUAUCACUGGUCAUGGUUCUCAUUCCUUGCACUAUUGGGAUCAUCCUCAAAAGCAAACGACCACAAUAUGUACCCUAUAUCAUGAAGGGAGGGAUGAUUAUCACUCUCCUACUCAGUGUGGCCGUCAUAGCCCUCUCUGUCAUCAACGUGGGCAAUAGCAUCGUGUAUGCCAUGACACCGCCUUUGCUGACUACCUCCUCCCUGAUGCCUUUCAUUGGCUUCCUGAUGGGCUAUCUUCUCUCUGUUCUCUUCUGCCUUGAUGUACGGAGCAGGCGCACCAUCAGUAUGGAGACAGGAUUCCAAAACAUCCAGCUCUGUUCUACCAUCCUUAAUGUGACUUUUCCCCCUGAUGUCAUUGGUCCACUUUUCUUCUUUCCUCUCCUUUAUAUGAUUUUCCAACUUGCUGAAGCGUUUCUCAUCAUCGUCAUCUUUCGGUGCUAUGAGAAAAUCAAAGCUCCCAAAGGGAAAACAAAAAUAAUCUAUACAGUUGCUACAACUGAAGAAGCAAUUCCAGAAGUUCUGGGUAAUGGCAGCCACAAAGGGGAGUCUUCCCCUAGCACAGCUUAGCUGUCACCACUGUGGCAUGGAUUGUAGUCUAAUGGCAAAUUAGAAAACUGAUAGAGCAGCAAAAAAGAAACACCAAGCUUGUCCGAGUCUUCGUACAAGAUUCCAAGAAACCUCUCUACAAAAUCAAGCCUUGGCAUGAAGGACUGAAGGACAUCUACCAGGAAGCCCCACCCAUCUCCAACUCAGAAUGUGGUUACUAGUUUAAAAAAAAAUAAAAGGACUAACUAUUCCAUGAUUAUGAACUCUGCCAACACAGAAACAGAUCCUGUCCUGUGCCCCUGGAUCUCAGCAACAGUUUCUAAAAGUCAUUUUGUCAGAGUUAAUCAGUAAGUGGAUGGUCCAAGGUUAAUCAAAUAUCCAAACCACUCCAAAUUUUGUGACCCAACCGCAACUUAG